AUGCACGUGAUAGAGCACAAGUCCCUCCCAAGGGGCUUAUCGACCUGCUCUUACCCAGGCAAGGACAGGGAGGAGCCGCGGGGGCCUGGCCCUUUCUACUACUUCGGAGGAACUAAUGGGGCUGAAAUAGUGAGCAGCUACUGUGAGAGCAGAGGAUGGAAGAGGAUUCACAACAAGCACAGGGAGGACUUUAAACUCAAGUGGUGUGAAACCAAAUCAUCGGCCAACUACUGCAACUUCAGAGAAGGUGAACAGUUGGUGUACCAGGUUCCUAACAACAAGGUGCUGACCACUAAGAUCGGCCUCCUCAGCAGUCUGCGAGAGUACGAGCGAGUCAGCAGCAAAGUCAACCACGGCCGAGGACUGAGGAGGCUGAAAAUGGAAGAGUUCAUUCCCACCACCUUCCGCAUGGACGUGAGGGAAGAGAGAGACGCCUUCUUCGCCCAGCAGGAGGGUGUGAGGAACAACGAGGGUUGCAUGUGGAUCUGUAAACCCACGGGUCUGAACCAGGGCAGAGGGAUCUUUCUGCUGAAGAGCCAGGAGGAGUUGACCGCCUUCAGACUGAAGCUGCAGCACCUGGAGGAGAGUCAGGCCCACAGGAGGAUGCGUCACUGCCGGCCUCAGGCUCGCAUCGUCCAACAGUACAUUCAGAGCCCGCUGCUGCUGAAGGGGAAGAAGUUUGACGUUCGCUCUUUCCUGCUGAUCGCCUGCACCGCACCUUACAUGGUCUUCUUCCGCCACGGUUAUGUGCGACUGACCUGCGACCUCUACGACCCCAGCUCCAACAACCUCUCCGCCCACCUGACCAAUCAGUACAUGCAGAAGAAGAACCCGCUGUACAGCCAGCUGAAGGAGGACACGGUGUGGUCCAUGGAGAACUUCAACACCUACGUCAACGACAGGUUUCGCGUUGCCAAGGGUCUGCCCAGGGACUGGGUGCUGGGCGCCUUCGCAAGGCGGAUGCAGCAGAUCAUGACGCAGUGCUUCUUUGCGGUCAAAUCCAAGUUAGACCGCCGCCUCGGCCUCUUCGACCUGAUUGGCUGCGACUUCAUGGUGGACGAGGGCUUCAAGGUGUGGCUGCUGGAGAUGAACUGUAACCCAGCUCUCCACACGAACUGCAAGGUCCUGAAGGAGGUGAUACCCAGCACUGUUGUGGAGACGAUGGAUUUGACUCUGGAGAUCUUCAACAAGUGUCGUCUCCGGCAGAGGAUCCUUCCUUUGUCCGGUCAGAGGGAGUUUGUGCUGCUCUACAGUGGAGCUUCACCUCCGGGGUCAGAGCCGACCUGCAACAAGAGAAAAACCACCAAAAAGACCCAGAAGACUGAAGCCAGGAGGUGUAAGUCGGGAGUUGAGGGUAAAAAUGCGUCCCCAGCGUCCCCUGCUGCUAACGUCUCAGGGAGCGGUGAAGGACGGGGCAGUUCAAAGUCUGGCCUCCAUCGCUCCACUUCCACCGCCGCCUCGCCUCUCUUUCAAAACUCAUCAUCAGGGCAGAGACCAUCACAUUCACACAGCAGCUUACAGACAGUGAGGAGUAAGACCCCUGGGCCUCGGGUCCAUCUCAAGCUCACGACGUGCACUUUGCGUCACCACCCGAAGGCCGCGGACGACCCGAAGCUGUUGUCGCUGGCGCUCGAGACGAGGCCGUUCCCUCCUCGCGCCAGACCUCCGGUGCGUGAGGACGCACGAGAAGGAGGAGAGGAAUGUGGCACACACACGGUGGGGAUGACUGCCUGGGCAGAUGGUGCUCAGUGUGUGGACUAG